AUGUCGCUUCAAUUUUGGGAUUGUUAUAACCGAUUAAAGAAAUUUCAACAUAUCGACUCGAGUUAUGGCGGUGACAUUGGUCGUGGGUUUGUCAACUACGAUAGACUAGCUAGUAAAUUUUAUAGUCAGAGGAACUUGUAUUUAAGUGGUGCUAUAUUGUAUCUACAGAUGUGUAUUGGCACUGUGGUUACAAUUGUUAAGAGAUUAGUCAUCAAAGAGAAAGAGUUGAGGGAUUCAGAAUUGGUUGAAAAAAAGGCUGAAUUUGAAGGGGUCGAAAUGCAAAAAAAGAGAAAAGAUCAAGAAAGGCAAGAAACAAUCAAAUUAAAACAUUUGAUUGAGUUGAAGCAGACGGAUAUUGAUACUUUGAGGAAACAGUUGAACGGCAUGCAAUCUGCCUAUGACCAAUUGAAUGCAAUUGAGUCCAUCAAAAAAGAUGAUUGA